GCGUUCGAUUAGUUGAGUCUAAUCUAAGAUGGCGCCGUAAAAGCCGAGGUUUGUUUUCCAUGGGUGCAAAGUAUGUUUAAGUGCAUUAACCGAACGGCCCAGCGAACGAGAUAUAUUCAGUCAGCAGGUACCGGUUUCUAUCUUAACCAAGACUUUAGGCUGGUGUCAUCCUUGCCACUCAGAAUGACCGACCCGGCUGUGAAGAGGGUGGUUAGUGAUGUAAUUCGCUCUCCCGAGGACAAACGGGUUUACAGGGGCCUGGAGUUUACCAAUGGCCUGAAGGCCAUGCUCAUCAGUGACCCAACAACAGACAAAUCCUCAGCUGCUUUGGAUGUCCAGAUAGGUUCGUUAUCGGACCCAGCGAAUAUCUCGGGCCUGGCGCACUUUUGUGAACACAUGCUGUUCCUGGGAACGCAGAAGUAUCCCAAGGAGAAUGAGUACAGCCAGUUCCUCAGCGAACACGCAGGCAGCUCCAAUGCCUUUACCAGCGGAGAGCAUACCAACUACUACUUCGAUGUGUCCCAUGAGCACUUGCAAGGAGCACUAGACAGGUUUGCCCAGUUCUUCCUGUGCCCUCUGUUUGAUGAGAGCUGUAAGGACCGAGAGGUGAAUGCCGUGGACUCGGAACAUGAGAAGAACCUGAUGAACGAUGCCUGGAGGCUGUUUCAGUUGGAGAAGGCCACUGGCAACCCAAACCACCCCUUCAGCAAAUUUGGAACAGGUAACAAAUUGACCCUUGAGACCAGACCGUCCAAAGAUGGGAUCGACAUCCGUCAGGAGCUCCUGCAGUUUCACUCCACAUAUUACUCCUCUAACCUGAUGGGACUGUGUGUGUUAGGAAGAGAAUCAUUAGAUGAGUUGACCUCCAUGGUGGUUAAGCUGUUUGCAGAAGUGGAGAACAAGAAUGUGCCAGUCCCAGAAUUCCCUGAGCACCCUUUCCAGGAGGAACACCUCAAACAAUUCUACAAAGUGGUGCCUAUCAAAGACAUCAGGAACCUGUAUGUGACUUUCCCCAUCCCAGACCUACAGAAAUACUACAAGUCCAACCCUGGACAUUAUCUGGGACAUCUGAUUGGCCAUGAAGGACCUGGAAGUUUGUUGUCAGAGCUUAAAUCGAAAGGCUGGGUGAACACGCUUGUCGGAGGGCAAAAAGAAGGAGCUAAAGGAUUCAUGUUCUUCAUCAUAAACGUGGACCUGACUGAAGAGGGCCUGUUGCAUGUCGAGGACAUCAUCUUCCACAUGUUCCAAUACAUCCAGAAACUGCGCACCGAGGGGCCUCAGGAGUGGGUGUUUGAGGAGUGCAAGGAUUUAAAUAAAGUGGCCUUCAGGUUCAAGGACAAGGAGCGACCCCGUGGCUACACUUCCAAAGUGGCUGGUUUACUACAUUAUUACCCCCUUGAAGAGGUUCUAGCAGCAGAGUACCUUUUGGAGGACUUCAGACCAGAUCUGAUCGAGAUGGUGCUGGAUAAGCUGAGACCAGAACACGUCAGAGUUGCAGUGGUGUCAAAGUCAUUUGAAGGACAAACCGAUAAGACAGAGGAGUGGUACGGCACGCAGUACAAACAGGAGGCCAUCUCUGAGGAGACCAUCCAGAAAUGGGCAAACGCAGACCUCAACGGCAAGUUCAAAUUACCCAUGAAAAACGAGUUCAUCCCCACCAACUUCGAGAUCUACCCUCUUGAGAAAGACUCUCCGUCAGUCCCCACUUUAAUCAAGGACACUGCCAUGAGCAAGGUGUGGUUCAAGCAGGACGACAAGUUCUUCCUGCCCAAGGCAUGCCUGAACUUCGAGUUCUUCAGUCGCUACCUAUACGCAGACCCCCUGCACUGCAACAUGACCUACUUGUUACUCAGGUUACUGAAGGAUGAUUUAAAAGAGUAUACAUAUGCAGCCCGCCUGGCCGGGCUGGUGUAUGGCGUAGCCUCAGGGAUGAAUGCCAUCCUCCUGUCUGUUAAAGGUUACAAUGACAAACAACACAUCCUCCUGAAGAAGAUCAUCGAGAAAAUGGCCACGUUUGAGAUUGACGAGAAGCGCUUUGACAUCAUCAAGGAAGCGUACAUGAGGUCUUUGAAUAACUUCAGAGCCGAGCAGCCUCACCAGCACGCCAUGUACUACCUCCGUCUCCUAAUGACUGAGGUUGCUUGGACCAAAGAUGAGCUCAGAGAGGCUCUGGAUGAUGUAACUCUCCCACGCCUCAAGGCCUUCAUACCUCAGCUAUUGUCACGGUUACAUAUUGAAGCCCUUCUCCAUGGCAACAUCACCAAGGAGUCUGCUCUUGGCAUGAUGCAAAUGGUGGAGGACACGCUCAUCGAGCACGCUCACACGAAGCCCCUCCUCCCGAGCCAGCUGAUUCGCUACAGAGAGGUCCAGGUUCCAGACGGUGGCUGGUACGUUUACCAGCAGAGGAACGAGGUGCACAACAACUGCGGCAUCGAGAUCUACUACCAGACGGACAUGCAGACCACCCACGACAACAUGCUGCUGGAGCUGUUCUGUCAGAUCAUCUCUGAGCCCUGCUUUAACACCCUGCGAACCAAAGAGCAGCUGGGCUACAUCGUGUUCAGCGGCCCCCGGCGGGCUAACGGCGUCCAAGGCCUGCGUUUCAUCAUCCAGUCGGAGAAGGCGCCCCACUACCUGGAGAGCCGCGUGGAGGCUUUCCUCUGCACCAUGGAGAAGGCCGUGGAGGAGAUGGGCGACGAGGCCUUCCAGAAACACAUCCAGGCCCUGGCCAUCCGCCGCCUGGACAAGCCGAAGAAGCUGUCUGCAGAGUGUGCCAAAUACUGGGGAGAGAUCAUCUCUCAGCAGUAUAAUUUCGACAGAGAUAACAUAGAAGUGGCGUAUCUGAAGACUCUGACAAAAGAAAACAUAAUGCAGUUCUACAGAGAACGGCUGACGGUCGACGCCCUGAAGAGACACAAGGUGUCCGUGCACGUCCUGUCCAGAGAGAUGGACUCCUGUCCAAUCGUGGGAGAGUUCCCCGCUCAGAAUGAUGUCAACCUGGCCCCUGCUCCCUCCCUGCCACAGCCCACGUUGGUUCAGGACAUGACGGAGUUCAAGAGGAGCCUGCCGCUGUUCCCCCUGGUCAAGCCUCACAUCAACUUCAUGGCUGCCAAACUGUGAGCGACGCCAGCGGGUCGGCCCGCAGCAGCACGUCGGGUGUCAGGGGGAGGGGCAACGGCGAGGGACUCCACUCUGUCUCCCGCCUCCAACCUCCUCCUCCAGCCUCCCUCUCCUCCCGUCAGGAAGACUUUCAUCUGACUGAGCCUGCAUGAGCGUUGGAGUGUGUGUUUGUGUUUGCGUGUGGGUGCAUGUGGAUUGCGUGUGUGUGUGUGUGUGUGGCAGGCCGGAGCCACUAGAAGAGAUGCUUGGAAGCAAAUGCGCGUAUUUGAAUCACAAAGUUAGCCGUGGCCGUGGUCGUGGUCGUCGUUAUAGCUGUGAUGGUAGAGGUCGCACCAAGACUCACCUCAUGUUCAAGUCUCUAAACGGAGAUGCAACACUCACUCGCAUCACAGUAACUGUGUAGGUUGUUGUAGAGGAAAUAGAAACAACCUUAAAAAAAAGAAAAAGAAAAAACAACAAGGGCCCGAUCCCUUUAAACGAGUUUGAGUAAAAUGCAGAAGCUUCACAUUAGGAGGCGUUUUAUUUGAGUUAUUCAGACAUGCUGCUUUGAGGAGAGCGGGUUUAUUGGAUUGAACGACGGUAGCUCCAUGAAGCUCGUCUCUAUUUUUAUUUGUUGGACUCACAGAGGCACCACAACUCUUCCUGAAAACAUUAUCACACAUUUAAAAAAAAAAAAGACAGACAGCGCUCGGUCUGACGCAACAUUUUUAUCCAAAUUUAUGCAUUUCUGAAGAAUAUCUGCCUUAUAAUUACAGUUUUAAUCCUCGCUGGUUUGGACUUUUUUUUGCUUGUAAACUGGUAAAAUGUUGGGACCCUUUGAGGAGCUGUUUUAACUUUAAAUUGCGAACCACAGAGAACCAUGCCUGUGAAAACUGCUUUUAUUUUUUAAUGCAUUUUACAGUAGUAUGUAAUUCAGGCAUCUCAGGGGAACCUCCAUGCUGUUUCUUUUAAAUUUUAUCAGUGAAUGAUUAAAAUAUAACUUUUAUCAGUCUGUCAUCAUUAACACUUUAUUCUCUUCACUAAAUGUGAUCGUGGUCUCGGAGUUUUCGGCUGUAGAGGCGGUUUUAUUUUUUCUGUGAGACUUUCUGCAGCCUGUGCCUUUCCAGGGGGGGCAUCAGUUACUUGGUGAUCUGGCUGCACUGAGCUGCUCCUGGUUCUGAUCCGGGGCAGAAUCCUGGAGGAUCUGACCCCCCUCCUAAAUCCCAGCCUCCCCUGCCCCCACUCUCUCUCUCUAAAUUGCUGGACUGUGCACUUGCGUAGAUUUAAAACAACAAAAAAAGCAGCUAGCUGGUUCGUGUUGAUGUCUAAAAGCAGGGUUAGAGAAAAGCUCCGGUCUGGAUUUCUUUCUGAAUAUAUGCACUUCUCUCUCAAAGCAAUAAACUUAAUGAACAGUGUGAAGCAGUGAGACGUGGCCCGGAGCAGCUGGAUCCACACCGAUCCACAGCCUCCAGCCUAACAAAAAAAAAAACCAACCCCCGUGGAGAGUCCGUUCUGAGUGGCCGGCGGUGAGUGUGGAUGGCGAUGUCAGUGCCAUGCAAGCAUGACCUGCUCUCAGGUGCUUAAACCAGAAAAAAAUAAAUCAAACAGUGCUGGUGGAGCUGCCAACGACGCCACAAAUCAGACUUAGGAUCUUUUUCUCCCUCCCUCCCUCACUCCACCAUAGCUGCUCAGGUCUAGUUCAUUUCCCACUCACAUGAUGCUGCAGAUUCAAGGUUGGAGUGUGUGACUGUGCCGCAUCAAAAGCUUCUUCAAUGUUUUCCAGCAUUUUACUACGUCAGAUAAAAACCAUUUCAAUUAUUUUUCCUUUACAAACAAGACCCAAAACCCAAAGACAACCAGCAGCAGCAGCAGCAGCAGCAGCAGCAGGCCUCAGGCCGUCCAUCACUCCCAGCGGCUGUAGCUCGACAGCGUCCUGUGUGGGGGGGGGUGGGUGGAGGCGAAGCCGUUUUCAUGCAGUGUUCAGAGGAAACUAGCAACAUUACAUAUCAGGCUUGUGGGCCGUGCACUGUUUACCUUGUGAAGUACCUAGUGAUUGGUUUACAUUUAGAAAAUCAGAAGCAUUUUGUUUUUUAAAUUCAUUUCUGGAUGUUAUUUGGCGACACAGGGGGGAGGGGCUGUGAUUGGCUGGUUGGGUUCACGGGCCGAUGAUUCAUGAGUGCUGACUUUUGUUUUUGUUUGUUUUUUUUGAGUUUUUUCAUUGUCUCCUGUGUGUUUCUAAUUAAUAAACAACUGAAUGGAACCAGGUGCAAAGUUUUCCUUCGCCACAAUCUCGACACGUGCACUUCCAACGUUUGAAAAAAUACAUUUAUUCACAGAACAGAUACCAUUUAACCCGAGAGAGUCAGAAGCAACGUCUGUACAACACAGAUCCACACUUUAACGUCUCCUCUUCUUCUUUUUUGUCUGUUUUUUCUUUGUUUUUUGGCAGAGUGGAGGCAUAACAGUGAAAUGUGCUGGGUUGGAGGGGAAAGCUGUGGUUUGCAGAUGGUAGGAGGACAUCUGUAAAGCAGGCACAGUUUUAAUGUGCAGGUUAAAUAUUCCCAAAGUGGUAAGUUUAUACGUCAGGCCUCUUCACAGGAAGUCACAUACUAUACGUUCUCAUGUUUCCCCCAGAAAACAGAAAUAUUUGUCACAUGAAAAGAAAAAGAAAUUGAAAGUCACAUUGUGCUGCCAAUGGUUUAAAACAAAGCUAUGUAGUAUUGUGUAGUGCUACGUUAAAGAGUCAGUUUACCGAAAUGACAAAAAGCCUUAUUUUCACUCAUUUUUUGUUUGAUUUAUCCAGGUUUUCUACUCUUCUGUUGUAGUUGUUUAAAUAUUGGAGAAGGUGUCUCCUCUUUAAAACAGGGGACCUCCCUGUGAAAAGUUGGCAUUUUACACUUUUUACAUGACAGUCUGAAAAAUUGUUUUUUUGUUUUUUAAAGGCAAUUCAAUAAAAUGACAUUCAUCUGUGCGUAGCUUCAGCUGUCUGCACGGCUGCUGGUUUGAAGCUAGAAAAUGUGGCUUGAUCAUUUGGGUGAACUGACCCUUGAAUUUCAACAACAACCCUGCUCCACUGACUCAUUCUAAAAUGACCACUGUCCAUGUUUCACUCAGGCAACACAACAGUCUGAUCGUCACAUCUCCGGAGAAGAGAGAGAGAGAGAGA